AUGACGGCUGCAAGUGCAACUGCACGAAUCAUCCUCGCCGCCUGCUUCUUCUUCCUCCCGCUCUCCUUCCAUCCCCACCAUGUUGCCGCCACCCCACCGUCUCUUUCCUUCAGCUUCGACUUCGCAAACACCUCCAAGUACCAUCUAGCCGAUCUCCGGUUUGAGGGCGACGCCGCCCUGAAUGGCAAAUUGGUUGACCUCACCUGCAACCCCAUCGCGUACUACUGCAGGGGACGGAUGUCCUACAACCACCCAGUGCAGUUCUACGACAACAACACUGGCGAGGUGGCCAGCUUCAGCACCACCUUCACCUUCGCCAUGAACAUGCUGCCCAACACAACAAAAAAGGGCGACGGCAUGAGCUUCUUCAUCUCCGGCUACCCCUCAAGAUUACCACCGGAGUCGUCCAGUAAUGUGCUUGGCCUCACAAACAGCAGCUCAAACAUCUCUACUGGAGCUGACCGGUUCCUCGCCGUUGAGUUCGACACCUACGGAAACCCCUGGGAUCCCACGGGAUCACCCGACCACAUGGGCAUCGACCUCAAUUCCAUCACUUCGGUGAGUAUAACCAGGGUGCCAAACUAUAGCUUCAACGGCACCAUGACAGCGACCAUCACCUUCGACAACACCACAAGGACACUCGAGGCUACCCUGCACUUUGACUACAAUAGCUCUAUUGCCACCACCAGUGUCAAGACGCAGUUAUCAGAUCAGCUCGAUGCCUUGCUCCCGCCUGUGGUGGCGGUGGGGUUCUCGGCAUCCACAGGCGGUGACGCUGAGCUGCAUCAGAUACACUCUUGGUCCUUCAACUCAACUAUGGCCUCAAGAGAACCAUCUUCAGGUGCUACUAAUAAGUUCAGUCCAGGGCAAAGCCAGGUGCUCGGUAGCAAAGAUCGACACCGUCGAACAUAUAUUAUCGGAGGAGCAGUGAUUCUUGUGAUAGCCCUGCUUUUGGCAAUUUGGUGGAUCGCGGCAUGGUAUAGGUGGAAAUGCACACGCGCACACUUUGGGAAGGAUAGAGGGAUUACACGAUUCCAUUACCGCGACUUGUCCAUCGCAACAAAUAAAUUUUCGGAAAUUAUAGGACAGGGUGGCUUCAGCGUGGUAUAUAGAGGGACUCUCAAUAACGAGGAGGUGGCUGUGAAGAAAAUCAUCAAGGACUCGAAGGGAGAAUUUAAGGACUUCCUCACGGAGAGGGCCACAAUCGGCAACACGAGACACAUGAAUGUGUUGAAGAUUGAAGGCUGGUGCUGCACCAUAAGCAAUUUUAAGUAUUGGUUCUCUCAUACGUUGGACGACGUCAUGCUCUUCCUUGUCUAUGAGCUCAUCGCUAAUGGAAACCUCCACGAGCACCUUUAUGAAAAGCCAGAAGUACUGUCCUGGGAAAAGAGGUACAAAAUUGUGAAGGGCUUAUGUUCCGCUCUUCAUUACCUCCACCACCAAUGCAGCCCAUACAUCUUGCACAGAGAUAUCAAACCAGGCAACAUUCUGCUAGACAGUGAAUUCAACGCCAAGCUCGGGGACUUCGGCCUGUCGAGGGUCGCCGAAGACGGCGGAGAAACAGCAUUGCAGACAAGGGCUGUUGGUACCGCUCUCUACAUGGAUCCUCUGACCAUGAAAGAUGGACAUGUCGACUUUCGUCGCAGCUCCGACGUCUACAGCUUUGGGAUCGUUCUGCUAGAGAUAGCGCAUGGAGAAAAUGACCCGUUCCUAGUCCACAAGCUGCGUACAGAUCUACCUGAAACAUUCGUGAAGGACUUUGCUGACAAGAAGCUUGAUGGUAAGUUUAUCAAGACUGAGAUGGAGCGCGUCAUUCUCCUGGCCCUACGGUGCACUGAACGAGAGGAGAACCAGCGGCCUUCACUCAUUACUGCAACAUAUUUCCUGGAGAAUGGCGGGGAGUUGCGCCCAGCUACUACUGCUCCUGCAUAG